GACCUGAGGAUCGUCAUGGUUGGUAAAACGGGAAACGGGAAAAGCACCACCGGCAACACCAUUUUAGGGAAGGAAGCCUUUAUCGCCAAGAUGCAGGCGAGAUCCGUCACCGUCGUGUGUAAAAAGGCCACGACCAUCCUGCCGGAUGGGAGGAGCCUGGCCGUGAUCGACACGCCGGGCUUUUUCGACACCAAAUACUCGCAGCUGACGACGGUGAACGAGGUUCAGAGAUGCGUCUCCUUCUGCUCCCCGGGCCCUCACGUCAUCAUCCAGGUCAUCCGCCUGGGCCACUUUAGCGGCGAAGAGAAGAAGGUGGCCGACAUCAUCCAGGAGAUCUUCACCCUCAAGGCCAAGGCCUACAUGAUCGUCUUGUUCACCCGUAAGGAGGAUUUGGAGGGCCGGCCCCUUCGCGAGGUCUUGUCCGAGGCGGGCGACAACUUGGCGCCUCUGAUGGAGCAGAUCAAGAGCUGCGGGAAUCGGUGCCUGGCUUUCAACAACAAGGCCGAGGGGGAGGAGCGGGAGGCUCAGGUGGUGGAGCUGAUCCAGAUGGUGGACGAGCUCGUGCGGCGCAACGGGCCCGCCCCGUGUUACACCAAGGAGAUGCUGAAGAAGGACAAGCAGAGAGUGCCCGCAUGGCUAUGUACCAUCCUGUGAUCCCGGAUCCCUU